UUGUUCGCGCUUCAGAUGUCCAAUUAGAUGUGGGAGUGUUAGUGGCGUAUAUUGGUUGUUGAUGUUAAGUGGUCCACAUUUGUUAGAGAAUAGACAGUUGUUUCUUGAUUUGGGAAAUUCUCACCUUAUGCUAGAGUUGCUUACUCCAACUUCUAUUUUAGCUAGGAAGUUGUAAGGGUUGUAUAUUUCUCAUUAAAGUUCUUGUAGUUCCAGUUUGAAUUUACUUUUCCUUUUUCUUCAAUUCAUUUAUGGUCUUUGCAGGAAUUAGCGAAAAUGUUGAUAUAAAAAUUAGAUGCUUUCCAUCUUCAGAGUAGUUUCUAUACCCUUUUUCAUCCAAACAAAAUAUUUAAUUUAUGUAUUUGCGAGAAACAUGGAAAUGUGAAGAAUAUCAGAAUGCUGACACUGCUAAUUAUUCGAUCUAUAUACAUUCAGAACUUGGUUUUAUGUUUAAUGAGUCCACCUCAAGGUCAUAUUUCUUCCAUGAUCGCCAAUUGAAAAAUAGCAUCAAGGUAGGUUGGGGAGAAGCAAGUAUGAUUGAAGCAGAGAGAUUGUUACUUGAGGAAGCUCUUAAGGAUCCAGCCAAUAUAAGAUUUGUUCUCUUGUCUGAGAGCUGCAUCCCGUUGUACAACUUUAGCUAUAUAUACACCUAUUUGAUGGCUUCUCCUAGGAGUUUUGUAGACAGCUUUCUCGAUAAAAAAGAACGACGCUACAACCCAAACAUGGCACCAUAUGUACCAAUGAGCAAAUGGCGGAAGGGAUCUCAGUGGAUCACUUUAAUCAGGAAGCAUGCAGAAGUUGUUGCUGAUGACAAUAUUGUUUUUCCAGCUUUCAAGAUGUUCUGCGAGAGAAGUAGCAACUGCAUUCCAGAUGAACACUAUGUGCAGACAUUGUUGGCAAUGCAUGAUAGUGAAGGAGAACUGGAACGUCGAACUAUAACCUAUACAGAGUGGAGCCAAUCUGCGACAAAUAUGGACAAAAGUAGUUGGCAUCCUAUGACGUUUAGCUAUGCAGAUGCAGGGCCUGAACAGAUCAAGAGGAUAAAGGAUAUCGACAACGUUUACUACGAUUCAGAGUACAGAACAGAGUGGUGCCAUAAUAAUUCUACGCAGGUUCCUUGUUUUUUGUUUGCAAGGAAAUUCUCACAAGGAGCUGCAAUGCGUCUACUGAGUGAAGGAGUUGUUUCUCGGUUUGAUGCCUCCGCUAUAAUGGACCCAACACCAUGAUUUUCAUCGUGCUUUUGUAUAGUCUAUGAUGCUUGGACUCUCCAAAAAUAUUGUCGCACCUAUGUCGAAUUCUCCAAAAAUGCUCUAAUUUUGGUGGUUCCGACAUGCACCAGUCGACUUUUUUAAGAGACCGAGCAACAUAGGUUACUAAUGCUUCAUGUUUAUGUCUUUCGUGAACCAAUUUUGCUUUGUAUUAUAGGUAAGAAGAUGAUUAGCCUUUGAGAUCUUAAAUCUUAAGGGUGAUCAUAACAAGAAAGAGAAAAAAAAUGUUUUGAGUGUGUCGUACAACUGUUCAGUACUUCAGCCGUUUAGAUUUAGGGAACAUAAUGUGGAAGUUGUUUCUUGGUCUGGUCCAUGUAAGACAUCCUGUUGGUAGAUAUCAAAAAGUUGCUCUAUGCUGUAUGA